AUGAGGGUUCAGUUGUUCAGGCAAGGGAAAGAGCAGCCAUGGUCAGGUAGACCAGCUUCCAGACUCCUCUCCCCACUCCCAGCACAUGCCCACUCUACUGCCAGGGUGCCCCAAAGGAAGGUCAGCUCUGCAUCAGGAGCAGCGGAGGUGCCCAAGAGGAGACCUGGGAGGUGGUCAAAUAAAUCUGCUCCUGUCAAAGUGGAAACAAAGCCAAAGAAGGUAGCAGGAAAGGAUAAAUCUUCAGACAGAAAAGUGCAAACAAAAGGGGAAAAGGGAGCAAUGGGAAAACAGGUGGAAGUGGCCAACCAAGAGACUGAAGAUUUACUUGCAUCAAAUGGAGAGAUUGAAAAGAAGGAGAGCCCAGCCUCUGAUGGAGCAGGAAAGAAAGAAGUUAUUGGUGAUUAA